AUGGCCUCAAUCGAUUCGGAAUCGUCACCAGCAUCGUCUUCUAAACAUUAUCGCAACCGAGUCAAAUCCGGGGCGGCCUCCGGGUUUUCGGCAGCAACGAGAUCCUUAAUUAAAGCCACGAACGAGUUCCAGUCGCGAAACACCGAUUCGAAAACCCAAGUCAUCCUUACCCUUAAAGGAGGUCUAGUGCCGAAUGUGAUCGUCAUAUUCUUCUACGACGGACCAGACCGACCUGCGGUAUUUGACCCAUUCCUUAACCUCGAUACCACCUUCUCUACCGUCAGGACUCAGACGUUCGCAUCCUGCCGCGGAGCCUUCCAUACCCUAUCCACAACCGGGCUCACGGAAGAUUUCACGACAGCAAUAUACAACGAGUCGAGCUUCUGGGGAAAUGGUAACCUACUGAAAGGCAUGCCCUUUCUGUCGUGCAGCUUAGAGCCCUUCCUUAAGUACGGGAAGUACGCGACCGACUCGGCCUUCCCCUACGCUGAUUCUCCCAUACCGCUUAUUGUGUACUUUGCAUGGGCCUCGUCCGAAAACGAUAAUUUUUGGAGGGGGGCAAUGCAGCAGAGCGUCGACCAUUUGACCGAUGUGGCGAAGGAGCAAGGCAUCUACUCCGCGGACAUGUAUGCGAACCCGAAUUAUUCUAUGAGUACGUACAGCGGCGGUCAGCUGUAUGGGCCGACGAACGCAGCGAGGUUGAGGGAUAUCCAGGCGAGGUACGACCCGAAGGGGCAGGUAGGAGGUUGGCGACGUCGGUGGAUGAGGGUGGUCGGCGGCUGCGAUGAGCUAAUACUCGAAGCUUGA